AUGAGUUCAUUCUUUUUCUUCGAAGUCCCCUGGCGACCAGUAGUUAUUGAAAAUGAUGAGCGUUUCAUCAUCGCCGAACCCGAGCCUGAGCUCAUGUCUUCCAAUCAAAAUGAAUCACUAGAACCUUCAAUAUGGAAUGAACUAUGGCCAGGGACCUGGGUUGCUUUCGAUGACCCUUCUAUCGGCGGUGCUGAAGGCCGAGGAAUGCAAAUGACUAGAGUCGGUUCAGACCCCAGUGCAUGGGCGAAAACGAGUGAGGGGUUCGGCGUUGCCGUGAUGCAUCAGUUACACUGCGUUAUGUCGGUAAAGCAAGCAUUGAUGGACUAUGAAGCAGGUCGCAAUACGAGCAGACAUGCCCAUGGCCAUCUACAUCACUGUUUAGAAACACUUCGACAGGCAGUCAUGUGCCACGGGGAUCUCGCUUUAGAGCACCCGGUUGAUCACGAUGGCAGACAAGGUGUGACCGGAUGGGGAAAUGUACAUAUGUGUCGGGACUGGGAAAUGAUCCAUCAAGCAAUACUACAGAAACGCAUAACUCGAAGCAACCAAGGUGGAUGGGUUGACUAUUCGGUGAGGCUAUGUGUAACUAUUGGCGUCCAAAGUACAAUCGAUUGA